GUUAGGAACCAGCCGGUGGUAGCCUCUAGCGUUCCACAGACCAGAAUUCCCCAGGGCGCGGAAUCUAAGUUCCGACCUGCUUGUUCACCAGAGCCCCUGAUGGUGGGGAUGGACUUGGAGCAAGCCGAGACCAGGUCGCAGCCCCUGGGUGCAACCAGCUGUGGUAGAGGCACCUGUCAGUGGUACGCAGCAGGUGAGAGUCUGAUGUGAGGAGGUCGGUACAAAACGGCAGGCAGAAGAAUAAACGGGUCACAGUCCGGGUUUGGCAACAGGAGAUCAAGAGUGCAGGAGCAGGCAGGAGAAUGGCUCAGGCAAGCCAGGGGUCAGAGCAGGAGAAGUCAGCAGAUCAGGAUCAGGCAGGG